AUGAAUUUGGAGUUGAAUUCAUAAUUAAUGUAAUAAAUUGAGAGGUGUCAAUUUUAUAAUGUGAAAAAGAAUAGACCCUGUAAUAUGGAAGUGUACAAAACAGGUGGAUAAUAUUGUGUAUUUCAUGGACAAUAAGACAUAGAUUGGAUUGAAUGUCCAUUAGAUCCAUCUCACAAAGUAAAAAAAGUUAAGAUGGAUAAACAUCUCAAAAUCUGUAAUAAGAAAAAAUUAGACGAGGAAUUGAAAUAGAAUCCUUUCUUUAAAGAGAAAAUUAAUCUUGAAGAGGAUGCUUAAUAGAAAAAAAUGAAAUUGUAAACUUUAUCAAAGGAAUAGUUUAAUGAAUUAAUCGAAAUGAUUCCUUAAGCAUUUCAAAAGGCAAUAGCAAUAUAUUAAGAAUAUUUAGGAAAGAUAGGAGAAUAAACUGAAAAUUGUUACUCUUAUAUUUUAGAUGAAAAUGUAGAAGAAGCUCCAUAAAAGAUUUCAGAUAAAGAAAAAGAUUUGCAAUAAGUGGAAUUAUUGACUUAAAUAAUGGACUAAUAUAAUCUUAUUAAUAAAGAUAUGGCUUACAUUGAGUAUGGGGCAGGUAAAGGGAGAUUUUCACAUUAGAUUGCUGAAAAACUUAAAGAGAAAGACAACUCUAUGGCUAUUCAUGUUUUAAUUGAAAGAGAACCAAGAAAAUUAAAAUAUGAUAGAUUUCAUAGAGAUAACAAAUAUUUCAUUAGAUGUAAAAUGGAUAUCAGGGAUUUUAAUUUAAAAAUUUUAGAAUAAUAAUUAAAAGAGUAAGGAUAUGAUAAAGAAAUUUAAUAUGUAGGAGUUUGUAAACAUAUGUGUGGAGGAGCUAGUGAUUUAACUUUAACUUCGUUAUUAACUUAAGAAAGAUUUCCUGUAGGAAUGACUAUAGCCACUUGUUGUCAUCAUUUAUGUGAUAAGAACACUUAUAAAGUAUAAAUUAUAAUAAAUAUAUAUUUAGAAUUUAGCAUUUAUGAAUUAAAUCAAUGUACCUGAACAUCUUAUUGAAUUGUUAUUUUAAACUAGUAGUUGGUAUGUAAGUGGAUCAAUAAAUUAAUAAAAGAAAGUAAAGACUGAAAAUGAAAUUAGUUCAGAUUAAAGAAAGACUUUAGGUAAAAUGGCUAAAAGAAUUAUUGAUAUUGGUAGAGUAUUAUACAUACAUUAAAUAACACAAUUAAAAGUAAUUUUAAAGAAGUAUUGCGAGUAAUUAUUGUCACCUGAAAAUUUUAUAAUAUUAUUAUAUAAAUGA